AUGUCGUCGUCUGACAAGAAACCCAAGAAGCCCACUUUCUCCUUCGGACCGCUGGAGCAGGCCAUCAUGGUUCUCGUGGCCAUGGGCUUUGCUGCCAACCCAUCUCUCCCUUACGCAGUGAUUAACAUGACGUCUGCCGGCGGUCUCCCCCUCCUCUCACCACCAUUUAUCAUGCUCGUCAUUAUCGCUUACGCUGGGUAUCAUAUCUUACUCCGUCAGGAAUUCAUUCGAUCCAAAACCAAACCCAAGUCAUCGUCCUCCAGUUCAUCUUCAUCCUCUCGCCCGCCAGGAGGCUCCAGCUCUAGUUCCGGAGGGUCAAGUAAACCUCCAACGACCUCGGCAGACGUACGCAAAGGUGGUGCUCCACCGACUUCGUCUUCGGGAAGAGUAGGCGAUCCUAAUCCGAAACUCGUGAGUGGGGGAAGUGGGGGAGAUCCAAGGACCAACCCGAGUCAUAAGGAUUUCAAGCAGAACUACUUCUUGACGAUGCAGGGACCGGGGAGACCAGCACUCGUCCCUUUCCAAGCAGGUCUCCGCCCUCCUCCGGGAUCUCCAGAGGGGACCCUGUGGUUCAACAAUGUCCCAGAUGACGCGGCGGAUCUGAUGGCCCCACCGGUCGAUCCCGACAAGGUCAGAUCACUAACUAAGAAUCCAUGGGCUGGUGAAAUGAUCGAGAAGGAAAUUGAGCUUUACAAACUCAAGAAGCGGAAGAUAGAGGAGCAAGAGAGAUACGAGAAAGUCGGUAAUGUUCUUCAAAGUAUCCUCGGUCUCAUGUUGUGUUUGGUAGACAUGCGUCUUGGGUUAGCUUCCAUCGUGUUCUUCCUCUGGCGUCAUUUCACCGGUUUACAUACUCAAGAAGGUAUCGACCUGGAGAAAGAACUUCAAAAAGAGAAAGAAGCACUUCAGAAGAUGAUGUCCGAAGGCAAGAAGAGUGGAUCAUUGUCAAAAAACCAAUUGCAAGACAUUCAAAUGAAGCUUUCGAGAUUAUGA